AUGAAUAUUAACAAUAAGGUAUUCCUUGCCUUAUGUGAAGAAGGCAAUUAUGAAGAAAUAAGAAAACUUUUAGAUGAAAAAAGUAAAAAUAAUUUUUUACGUUUUUUAAGAAGGAUAUUUAAAAAAAAACAUAGUAAUAGAAAUAAUUUAAAUAAAAUUAAAGAUCCAAAAAAUGAGUAUAGUCCAUUACAUUAUGGUGUAUUAGGUAAUAAUAUAAAUUUAGUUAAAAUAUUAUUACAAAAUGAUCCUUCUUUAAUAUAUACUACUGAUGUUAAAGGAUCUUAUCCAAUUUCAUUAGCUGCAUAUAAUGGUUAUUAUGAUAUUGUUGAAUUAUUAUUAGAAAAUGAUAUUAAAAUGGUUAAUUUUACUAAUAAUGCUAAAGAUACACCACUUCAUUUAGCAUCUAUGAAUGGUCAUGUUAAAGUUGUUUCACUUCUUUUAAAUAGGCAUUGUGAUACAAAAAUUAAAAAUGCCAGACAGGAAAGUGCUUUAGAUGUGGCAUGUAAAUAUGGUCAUGUCCAAGUAUGUCAAAUACUUAUUGUUCAUUGUCCUGAAUUUGUUAUUCAGUCAAAAACGGAUAGUCAUUUUGUUGAAGCAGGAAAUAAUGACAUUAAAAAUAUGUAUCCUCUCCAUAUUUGUGCCCAAAAUGGGCAUAGUAAAUGUUUAAAUUAUUUAUGUGAAUCAGGAUUUGAUGUUAACCAUACUUUAAAAGAAGGAACAGCGUUACAUAUAGCUGCUGUUUAUGGUCAUAUAAAUUGUAUAUUUAUUUUACUUAAACAUGGAAUUAAUACUAAAAUUUUAAAUGAAAGAGGUCUUGAUGUUAUAGGAGAAUUAGAUGCUCAUAUAAAUCAUCAUGGAACAAAUAUUACACAAAUGAUGGAAAACAAAGAUAUUUGGAUAGAAGAAAAAAAAAUUAUUGAAGAUUUUAAUAGAGGUGUAUCUGUCCCAAUACUUGAAAUGUCACAGAAUAUGAAUAAUAAUAAAAUUUGGAUCAAUGUUCCUGAUACUAUUAAUACAAAAAAUAAUAAUGAAAAUAAUAUUGAAGAUAAUGGAAAAAAUGUUAUAAAAAAACCAUUUACAAAUUUUGAUUCACAAUUUCAAAAUGAGUUAAAAGAAAAAUUAGAAAAAAGGCAGGCUAAGGCAAAUGAUCUUCAAGAAAUUUAUAAACAAUUAUCAAAUGUGACAAAGAUUGAUGAUAGUAUAUUUAAUAGAAACAAUACUUUGCCUAAAAAUGAUAAAUAUAAAACAACAGCUGAUAAACCUCCUAUAUCACCAACUUCUUCCCUCAAAAGUAAUAGUAAUGAUUCAGAAAAAAACUGUAAUAAAUUUUUAAAUAAACCAUUAAUUGAUGAAAAAAAUAUUAAUAAACAAUUUUUAAAUACUUGUGAUAAGAAUAUUAUCAAACCAAUUAUGAAAGAUAUUUCAAUAAAAAUAGGAACACAAUCACAAACAUCAACAAUAAAAGAUAAUGAUGAACAAAAACAGAUAUCAUACGAUAAUGUUCCUCAGACUAUAGUUGAAGCACAAAAAAUUAUCAAUUGUCAUAUACAAUCAAAAGAAACUUUAGAUAAUGAAAGUAAUCAUAAAGAGGUAAUUUCUACAACAACAAAUAAGUUUCCUAAAACAAAAGAAGAAGUUUACAAAAUAAUUAAUGAAAUAAAAAGUAAUGAAAUAAUAAAAGAAAAAGAAGUGGAAAUAUCUAAUUGUAAGGAGGAUAAUACAGAUGGGACUUUUAGAUAUGAUAAUUUAAAUGAUGUAUGGAAAGAUAUGGAGGUGAACAAAGAUAAAAAUACUAUUAUAAAUAAAGAAAAAGAUGAGAAAAAUGAUGGAUGUUGUAAUGAAAUAAUUGAUAAUAGUUGCAAAGAAUCUAGUCCUAAAACAAAAAGUUUACCCAUGAAAAAAGUUACAUUUGAAGAAAUUGAAUAUAAAAAUGACUUAAGGGAAAAAUAA